AGAGAACUUCACCACACCUACCACCUCCGAUACUUUUCUCUCAUUCACCUCCAUUUCUGCUCCUGUCUUCUGCUCACUCUGCUUGCACGUUCUACCAUUCUCCUUCUCCUUUUUUACGCCAUUUUAUAACCCGACUCAAGCUCACCCUCUCCCUCUCUCUCUUAGACCUCUUCUGCCUCUCAUAUUCCCUCCAUUCCUCCCACAUAUUCUCGUCUCCUUUUGAUAAUACUGCACUUCUCUUGACAUGCAUCUUGUUCUUGGCUUCUGAAGGGACACCAUUUAACCAGCUGCCACAAACUCUGUACAAUCAGCACGAACCCCUCGGGAUGUAAAGCUCAACAGUGCAUCCCGCUUGUAAAGAAGCUGCUUCGCCUUGAUGAUCUUCUUUAUCAAUAGCUACCGUAACGCUUUUCCAUUUCAAACAAGCGCGCUGUUCCAACCACCAUCGACCGUGUCGCCAUGACAGCAUCGCACUAUUCUUCUGUUCUUCAUUUACACAAUUAACCAAAACAAGGCUGCUUCUAGUCACCUUGACUGAAUCGACAAUCGGAGAGGUGAGCGACAGUAGCAUUUCAAAAGUCAGAAGCGGCUUCCUCUCCUCCAUCUUUUCUUCAUCGACCCUAGAGAGGGUCGUUGCUGUUGUACUAGGAAUGAUGUAUGAAAAAUAAGUUAAAAUAAUAUGUAGGCCUAUAGCCUACACAUUUUCAUUCUGAUAUUAUUGUAUGCCUCUCUUCACCAGUCACGACCAGCUGUGCGUCACAUGAUUGUCUCCAGUGGUGAUGGAGUGGGAGCGCAGCUGUCUGCUGAGCGGUUUCUCAAUGUUCAUCUCCUAGGCAAUCGCCUCCUAGGAAAUCGCCACGGUCACAAGAGCACUGGCAUGUGCAAGCCAAGCAUCUGCCUGAAAGCACCAUGAAAUCCUCCUGAUUGGCUCACCCAGUGAGUGUGUGUGUGUAGGUGCUUGCGGACUGGGAAGCAUCGUGUGAGGAGGGUGCUUCAUGCUCCGGUGAGGGAGCGGAUUGACGAAGGAGAGUGGACCGAAGAGAAGAGGAGGGGAGAGAGGAGAGCAGAUGCUGCCCACACCCUGAGAUGCUCUGCUGUCUGAUAGAAGAUGAGAUGUCUCUGCAGGAGUUCCAGCAACGUGUGGGCUGUGUCAUCACACAUGUCGAUGAGAUCAUGCAGCAGGAGAUCAGGCCCUUGCUGGCUGUCGACAUCAUAGAGCAGCUGCACCGGCAGUUUGCCCUGCUCUCAGGAGGAAGAGGGAAAGAUGGUGCCCCAAUCAUCACCUUCCCGGAGUACUCAGGCUUCGGCGACCUCGUAGCGGAGGACUUCCAGAAUGUUGUAACAUAUCUGACCAGCAUCCCCAGUUUGGACGUGGCCAGCAUCGGUUUCGUUAUAAUCAUCGACCGCAGGCGGGACAAAUGGAGCUCAGUGAAGGCCUCGCUGGCGCGGAUAGCGGGGGCAUUUCCAGGGAACCUCCAGCUGGUGUUGGUGCUAAGGCCCUCCCGCUUCUUCCAGAGGGCCAUCGCUGACAUUGGCAUUAAGCUGCACCGGGAUGACUUUAAAAUGAAGAUUGUGAUGCUCAACUCCCUAUCUGACUUACAUGGCUACGUGGAUAAGGGCCAGCUGACAUGUGAGCUUGGUGGGAACCUGGACUACUGUCACAGCCAGUGGAUCCACCGCCGGACAGCCAUUGAGAACUUUGCUGUGACGGUGAAGACCACGGCUCAAAUGCUGCAGAAGUUCGGUACAGACCUGGCAGAGACGGAGCUGCCCAAUGAUGUGCAGUGCACCAAAGACCUCCUCACUACUCACACUGAGAAGCACGACAAACUCAAGGAUGAACUGAAAUUAGCGAUGAAACAGGGAACCACUCUACUGGGCUGUAUCAAAGAGCAGGCUGCCAAGUCUGAGAACCACCAGCUAAACCCAGACGAGAUGGAGAACCACAUCACUGUGGAAAGGUUGUUGGCCCAGCUAGAUGAGACAGAAAACGCUUUUGAACAGUUCUGGUCUAAACAUCACCUCAAACUGGAGCAGUGCCUACAGUUCCGCCAUUUUGAGCAUGACUUCCGAGAGGUGAAAGUGUCAUUGGACAGUCUGAUGGCGACUCUGACAGCCCUGUCAGACAUUGGGGACUGUGUGACCCUGGUAGAUAUGUUACUGAAGGACCUCAAGACCUUAGAGGAGAAGGCUCAGGAGUCGUUAGAGAAGGCCCAGCUCCACGCCCUACACGGGGACCAGCUGAUUCAGAGCAACCACUAUUCUGUGGACUCCAUACGGCCCAAGUGUGUGGAGCUCCGACGCAUCUGUGAUGACUUCACCAACGAGGCCCAGAAGAAGUACGACGUCCUCUCCAAAUCACGCCAAAUACACGAAGGCAUAGACAAGGUGAACCAGUGGUGUGAGUCGGGGGUGUACCUGCUGGCCUCUCAGGCUGUGGACAAGUGCCAGUCCCAGGAAGGGGCUGAGGCAGCCCUGCAGGACAUUGAGAAGUUCCUGGAGACGGCCAAGGAGAACCAACUGAGUGACCUCAAGAACAUCCACAACCAGUAUGAGCUAGUCCUCAACGUUGAAGUCAAGGCUAAUGUACAAAAAGCUCUAAAGAGGCUGGACGAUGUACAGGAGAUGUUUGAGAAGAGACAGGUUAGUCUGAAGAAGCUGUCAGCCAAACAGACCCGACCCGUCCAGCCUGUGGCCCCCCGACCUGAGUCCUCUCCCAAACGGCCUGCGCCCCACAAAACACCCAGGACCGCCUGCCCUGCCCCUGCCCUCAGUCGAAGGAUCUCAGAGAACUCUAGUGCCACAAAGCAGCCCAUGGAAGCUGAGGUUGCAAAAAGGAAAAAUGUAAGCCGCAAAGUCAAAGGGAGCCUCAAGAUUGAGGUAAUGCAUGAGGCAAGCCAGGGAGGCUCCAGCCACGUCCUGGUGACGAACGAGACAGAGGAGAGUCUCUCAAACAGACGGAGACACAUCAUGAAUGAGCUGAUUGAAACGGAGAGGCUGUACGUCGAGGAGCUGCAGAGCAUCAUGGAGGGAUAUGCUGCCGAGCUGGACAACACAGAGCUUUCCCCCCUCAUCCCCGCAGCCCUGGAGAACAAGAAAGAUGUACUCUUUGGCAAUCUCCCAGAAAUAUAUGAAUUUCACAACAGGACAUUUUUCAAAGAGCUUGAAAAUUGCAUGGAAACGCCAGAAUUGGUAGGGACCUGCUUUUUGAAAAGGAAAGAAGAGCUGCAGAUCUAUGAGAAGUAUUGUCAGAACAAGCCCCGAUCAGAGGCACUGUGGAGACAGUGUGGAGACAGCCUGUUCUUCCAGGAAUGUCAGAAGAAGCUGGACCACAAACUCUCCCUGGAUGCUUAUUUACUCAAGCCUGUGCAGAGGAUCACCAAGUACCAGCUGAUGGUCAAGGAGAUGCUGAAAUGCAGUAAGAACCAGGAGGGUACUGCUGAAUUGGAGGAGGCCCUUGCCACCAUGCUGGACAUCAUCAAGUCUGUCAAUGACUCCAUGCAUCAAAUUGCCAUAACGGGAUUCGAGGGGAACCUUAGUGAGCUGGGCAAGCUCCUGAUGCAGGGCUCAUUCAACGUGUGGACGGACCACAAGAAGGGCCACAGCAAGGUGAAGGACCUGGCUCGCUUCAAGCCCAUGCAGAGGCACCUGUUCCUCUACAAUAAGAUGCUGCUUUUCUGUAAGAAGCGGGAGGAGACCACGGACGGACACGAGAAGCCGUCCGCCUCCUACAGCUUCAAACACUCCCUAAAGAUGAGUGCUGUAGGAAUCACCGAAAAUGUCAAAGGAGACAUUAAGAAGUUUGAGGUCUGGUAUAACGGCAGAGAGGAAGUUUACAUCAUUCAGGCUCCCUCCAUGGAUGUGAAGAACAUGUGGGUGUCAGAGAUCCGGAAAGUUCUGACAGGCCAGCUCGAAGCGUGCAGAGAGGCCAGUCAACUCCAUCAGAAGAUCACUGAGAAUGUGUAUCAUGCUCCCAUGAGAAACAUGCGCAAAAUGGCCCUGAGGCAGUCGGACUCGUCUAGCCCGGAGACAGGCUUCAGGAGGAGCAACCCCAGCCCCAACAUGAGACAGAAACGAGCUGAUGCUUCUGCCACUAAUAACCCUGACCACAAUGGUUAUCUCGCUAGAAAGCGUUUCACCUUGCAGGGCCUCUCCAACAGAAGGUCUCUUCCCUCAGCCGAGGCUCCAUCUAAGGAGACAGAUGUCACACGCCGCUUCUCUGUAGCCUCCUCUAUCAGUGUCUCUGCCACCAGCCGCACAAAAGGUCCUCCUUCAACUAAUGUUAGAAAGACCAAAAGACAUGAGAUAAAAAGUGAUCCAACACCAUUCGGUUAUGAAGAUACAUUACGCGGUGCUAUCCCUGCUGCGAGCAGACACAAAGGCACCACAGGCACAGAUUCAGCCGUGCCUAGAUCCACUUCUCAACCAGGCUGGACCCAACGGUGUUUGCCUUCAAUGGACACAGAGGACUUUGAAACCAUCCAUUCAAGUGCAGAGGAGCUCUCCAACUCUUCAGAUGGCGAGGAUGAGUCCAGUAAUAAAAAUGACCAUGAUCGCUUCCAUGUCCAAUUGACAUACGAGUCGAGGACGGCACAGGACCUGUCUCUGGAGUCAGGAGAUUUAGUACAGUUCCUGGAGGAGGCAGAGGAUGGCCACUGGCUAGUCAAGAAUCUUAUUCCUCAGAAGACAGGUCUGGUACCGCCCAGUGUACUUCAGACAGCAGCAGGAGGUGGUCACUCAUACAGUAACACUACUGAUAUCUUCAGUGACAUGUGCACAGCAGCUCUGUCUGACUCUGAGGAAAAUGAAAACCCUAGGUGGGGAGAUGUAUCUCAGGACAGCAGAUAGGCACGAUGGAGCAUUUGGCCAUGAACUUCUGGAACAUGCUGGUGGCCCAACUUGGUAAAUCUUCACAGUGGGGCAUCGAUUUCAGCUGCUGUGCUCAGACAGAAAACUACAAGUCUGAAGUCAAGUCAAUAGUGAAAAUUAGAAUAAAUGUCAAUCUGUUUUGCACUGCUUCAGCUGCUAAGGUUAAAGAAAGUUACUUUUACCAGCAUUUUGUCAUGUCUCAAAACCUGAACAUGAUCUGCUAGUCAGUGCAGUCAAAGAAACUCUGCUGUGGCUUUGCUGCACACCAUACUCCCUCCUGUGGCUUAAUCAUGUAACCGUUGUGAGGAGGGUCAUCCUGGACACAUAGUGGACAAAGAAGUGCUACCAUGGAAACUGGAUCUCUCCAUCAAGGGGGAAAAUGCUUCACCGAUAGACUCAAUUGGAGACGGGCUUGAUUGUAAUUCUUGCGUUAAGACCUUAACAUUUAAACUUCCUGAAACGUUGAUGUUUUGUCCUGCUGAAUUGUCUGCCAGUUCAGUUGUUUUAUAAAUAACUGAGGGAAUUCUAAUUUUGCAUGAGAUAUACUUUUCCCUGAACAACAUAUAGUACAUAGAUAUUUACUUCUUCUUAUGUACAUACAUAAUAUAUAUAUAUUUUUUCCACUAUUGUAAAAUAUGUGUAUAACUAUUCUGUAAAUUCUCAUCUGAUCAUUGUAAAAGUAUUCAUGCCAACUUCUUUCAAAUUUUGGCUUGUGCCUCUAGUGGAUUAAUCUCAAAUGUAUGUCCUGGUUAAAUGUUAGUGAAUUCACUCAUGAAAUACCAUCUUAUGGUCGAUUGUGAUUACAGGAAUUGCACAUAGCCCUGAACAUAUUUUAUGAAUCUACUAAAAAUGUGGUAUCAUUGUACAGAAAAUAUUCCAGUAGUACUGUACAGCUUAUUUGGAAGUUGUAUUGCAAUACACUACAGCCCCAAUAUAGAAUGUUUUAAUAUUAUGUAUAUUUAAGAACAUAGCUUUGACCAUCAGUGAUAUGACUCAUAUGAUCAAUCAACUGUUCAUCUGACUUUUGUUUAAAUAUCAUCGUUUCUAAGCCAUAUAAUGGCAUUAAAUGCCCCAGAUAUGGUAUAACAGCAUACAUGAGAUUGUAUCGGGCCACAGUAUAGCAAUCUUGUAAUAUAAAGCGCUUCAAAAGGCUGUAUUGCUACUGCAAACAUUUUUUUGCAUGUAUUUAUUUGACCAUUAUAUCCGGGUAAGUCAUUGAGAACAAAUCAUUAUUCACAAUAGCAUAUUAUUCAAUGAACUUGUCGCAUUACCUCAAUGUAAUUCAAUCUCUUCUGAAUGCCCAUCAAGGAGUUCUAACAAUUUGGGGUGUUUAAGAAUAGUAAGACAUUGAAAGGCAUAAGCACAUGCACAAAGGGACUGAAGACAGAGGAAACUCUAGAUGGAAUGUAAAGAAGAGGUCUGGAUUUGUUUUUCAUAACCAAAAAUGUUGUGUUCCUAAUCUCUGAGACCAGACCUCUGCAAAAAAUAUCACUAAGACGUUAUGAAAUUCAGCCAAAAGGCAAUGAAUUCUCACGAAGCACAAAGCGACUGCCUUUUUAGACAGAGGUGCUGGACUCAUUUAAGAUGAGUUACAAUGAAAUGUCAUUGAAUCUGAGUGAAUUCAGAAUGCAUCUGUGACUGUUUUCUAUGGAUAAGUGUACAUUACUUUUCUGUCAUUUUAAGUAUAUAAUGAAAUGCAUGCAUCUUGAAAGCCAAUGUUAAUUUCUGCUCUUUUGUCAGUGAUCAAUACUGUUUCCGGUAUAGCAGAACACAACCAGCCAACUAUAUCAUUAUAAUUCCUGCCUACCCAUUGCUACUCCCUCAAGGGAAAGAAGAAAGCCAUUAAUGUUAGACUUAAAAGCAUAA